AUGUCGACAAGUCUUGAAAGAAGUGAUGACAGUGUUCAAAUAGUAGAUGUUUGGAAAGAGAACAUAAAACAAGAGUUCGACUUCAUUAUUGAUGCGAUAAAGAUAUAUCCAUAUGUACCCUUGGACACAAAAUUCUCAGGUUCGCUUUUCACAGUAAGAAACUAUGGAGCAAUGACUGGAAACCUGGGACUGGCCAAACUGAUUCAAGUGGGUCUCACGUUGUCCAAUGAAAUGUUGGAGAUUGUUGGAACCGACAGGGAUCCAAAAUCCAGAGACAUGAUCGACGCCCUGAGAGACAGUGGCAUGGAUUUGGAGAAGAACCAGAAAGAAGGCGUGAAAUACAGCGAUUUUGCAGAGCUUCUGAUGUCGUCUGGGCUUGUAAUGAGGGACGAGGUUUCAUGGAUUACGUUUCAAGGUUCGUCACAUUUCGGGUACUUGGUGAAGCUGCUGACUGCAGCUGGGAAGAAGAAUCUUCCAGAAACAGAACAAGAGUUCAUGGAGAUUCUCAAUUAUUGUUUCCUAAUUUUUUAUGAUGUCAAGCACCUGAUAAGAUCAUCCACCAACGUAAAUCUGCAUCAGCAUGGUGGUGGUGAACUGGAAGAUGUUGCCAGGUUUCUGGAGGUGGAGGAGAGAGUUGGACCGGCUGCCGCAGCGGACCAAGCUGGGUCUGAUAGUUUGCUUACGAGUAUUGUGUUCAAUAAACUGAAACAUGAUCCUCAGUACUUCAAUGGAGCUAUACCAGAGACAUGUCGUGGUUUUUUGCCUGGCUUGGCCGGUAUUCAACUUUAG